AACGCUAGGACACGCCUCCUGCUCACCCUCCCCUCCAUUACGAUAAAGCUGCACCGGAAGGGGAACGGCCCAGGGAGUGGAGACGCAGGCUCUCCUGCUGGGUGGUUUAAGCAGCAGCGCAAACCACAGGAGAGGGACGGAGAUGCUGUUCCUGGCCGCGGUAGGGUGCCGUGUGCCGGGCCCAGGGCCAUGGCUGCGCGGAGCCUGGCGGUGCCGAGCUCUCCUGCUUCUGGAGAAAUGUUCCGCAGCUGGGGAGCUGAGAAACGCCCCCGCGGCCUCUUGCAGCAGGCCAGGGCCGCGAACCGUCUGGUGCGGAGCAGCUCGAUCCUUCUCCAGCAUGGCGGGAAGCAAGCAGGUUCUGUUUUCUCGUAUGGAGCCUCUAUGUUGUUUCAGCACAUCACCCCUCCAUGACAAUUCUGAAUAUGGAAGAUUGGUUUACUGUGGAAAUUUGGCCAAGGUAAUAUUAGGUGUGAAAUUUUUCUCCUAUUCUACCAGCAUGCUUAGCCUUAGCAUAAUGCCUCUCAUCAUCUUCAAAACAGGUGUGGGUUUUAACAGCCUGCCCUUGCAAAUUGCCUUUUAUAGUAUUGUAGGAUUAUUUACAUUUAUAACACCAGUCACCCUGCAUUUAAUUACAAAGGGCUAUGUGAUUCGGUUGUAUCAUAAGGCUGAAACGGACACCUACACAGCCAUUACAUACAGUGCCAUUUUGGCAGAAAAGAAAACAGUAUUCCAUCAGAAGGAUGUGAAAAUCCCAGACAUCAGCAAGUUGUUCACAACAUUUUAUGCUAGAACAAAGUCAAUGCUUGUGAACCCAGGGCUCUUCCAGUAUCCUCAGGACUAUAACCAUCUUAUGGGAUAUGACAAACCCUUCUCUUUUGACUUGGGAGAAUCAGACGAAUCAGCGGAAGGCAAACAGAACUCUAAAAUGUCAGAUGCUUGAGUUUUGGAAGUUUGUAUAUAUGCAGAUGAUUCAGUGUCCUGUUACAGAUUGCAAAAUCCUGAAAGUGCUUUUCUCUGUUAAAAAAAGUUCACUCAUAAUGUCAUUAAAUAUUGAUUAAAACUGAAAUUAGUUAUGAAGAAA